AUGAGUUCUAAAUUCAAACCAGCGACUGAUAUCCCCAGCCUGGCCGGCAAGGUCAUUUUGGUUACAGGAGGAAAUGCCGGCCUCGGAAAACAAACCAUAAAGUACCUCGCACAGCAUUCGCCUGCGCGCAUCUACCUCGCAGCUCGAACUGCAUCGAAGGCCGAAGCCGCAAUCGAAGACAUUAAGCGCGAGGUCCCCAACGCAUGCCCAAUCGAACAUCUUCCUCUCGACCUGACUUCCUUCGCGUCCAUUGCAACGGCGGCUGAUACCCUCAAAUCCAAGGAAAGGCGCCUCGACAUUUUGAUAAACAAUGCGGGCGUAAUGGCACUACCAUAUAGCCUGACAAAGGAAGGAUAUGAGAUUCAGUUCGGUACGAACCACAUGGGUCAUGCUUUGUUCACAAAACUGCUCAUGCCCGUUCUGUUGGAAACCGCCAAAACUCCAGAUGCCGAUGUGCGUAUCGUCAACCUGUCCAGUAUUGGCCACUACGGCGCACCUAGCGCAGGAGUAAUAUUCGAGCAACCUGCUCUCGAGCAACAUAGCACCUGGAGACGUUAUGGACAGUCCAAAUUGGCAAACAUUCUCUUCACGAAAGAGCUUGCUACACGAUAUCCGGAAAUUACAUCCAUAGCUGUCCAUCCAGGAGCGAUUAUCACAGAUUUGUAUGCGGGGGUGCGAACAAACUUCAUAAUGAACAUCGGUCUUUGGAUCUAUAGCUUGUUUACACCCAUAUUGCCAGGCCAUUUCAAGGACCCAACUGGCGGUGCCUUGACGCAGACUUGGGGCGCAAGUACUGCCAAAGAAAACUUGAAGAACGGCGCCUAUUACGUCCCAAUCGGAAAGCUCGCCCAGGGCAGCGCGAAGGCGAGGGAUGAUGGACUGGCGAAGAAGUUGUGGGAGUAUACCGAAACAGAGUUUGCAAAGCACGGAUAUUAG